GGCUGUGGCGGCGGCGGUAGCGGCGGCGGCGGAGGCAGCAGCCACCCUGAGGCGGGUGAGAGGGCCGGGGUGGAAGUCGGGCGGGACCUGGAGCUUCCCGCCUGUCGCUGGCGCGCUGCUGCCUUUUGCCCGACUUCUCCCUCACGGCCCUGGCUGGGCAGGGCAGCGCGCCCCCGGGGAGGGCGGAGCUGUAGAUAAUGGUCUAAGAUACUUCUUCAAGACUGGGCAGCUGAGGACCUGCUCUUUUUGCUUAGUGUUAAGCCGACUUAUAGCCAUAGAGAAACCUCACAGAGUUGCAUACUGUACUUUCUCUUAACACCUUUCCUGGCACCUGAAUUCACCUUACAGCCAUGUAUGGAAGUGCUCGUUCAGUUGGGAAGGUGGAACCGAGCAGCCAGAGCCCUGGGCGUUCACCUAGGCUUCCACGUUCCCCUCGCUUGGGUCAUCGUCGAACCAAUAGCACAGGAGGGAGUUCUGGAAGCAGUGUUGGAGGUGGCAGUGGGAAGACCCUUUCAAUGGAGAAUAUCCAAUCCUUAAAUGCUGCCUAUGCCACAUCUGGCCCUAUGUACCUAAGCGACCAUGAAAAUGUGGGUUCAGAAACACCUAAAAGCACCAUGACACUUGGCCGUUCUGGGGGACGUCUGCCUUAUGGUGUUAGGAUGACUGCUAUGGGCAGUAGCCCCAAUAUAGCGAGCAGUGGGGUUGCUAGUGACACCAUAGCAUUUGGAGAGCAUCACCUCCCUCCUGUGAGUAUGGCAUCCACUGUCCCUCACUCUCUUCGCCAGGCAAGAGAUAACACAAUUAUGGACCUGCAGACGCAGCUGAAGGAGGUAUUGAGGGAAAAUGACCUCUUGCGGAAGGAUGUGGAAGUAAAGGAGAGCAAGUUAAGUUCCUCUAUGAAUAGCAUCAAGACCUUCUGGAGCCCAGAGCUGAAGAAAGAACGAGCCUUGCGGAAAGAUGAAGCUUCCAAAAUCACUAUUUGGAAGGAACAGUAUAGAGUUGUGCAGGAGGAAAACCAGCACAUGCAGAUGACAAUCCAGGCUCUUCAGGAUGAAUUGCGGAUCCAAAGGGACCUGAAUCAGCUGUUUCAGCAAGAUAGUAGCAGUAGGACUGGUGAGUCUUGUGUGGCAGAGCUGACGGAGGAGAAUUUUCAGAGGCUACAUACUGAGCAUGAGCGGCAGGCCAAAGAGCUGUUCCUUCUUCGAAAGACUCUAGAGGAAAUGGAGCUGCGUAUUGAGACUCAGAAGCAAACCCUAAAUGCUCGAGAUGAGUCCAUCAAAAAACUUCUGGAGAUGUUACAGAGCAAAGGACUGUCUGCUAAGGCUACUGAGGAAGACCAUGAGAGAACAAGACGACUGGCAGAGGCAGAAAUGCACGUCCACCAUCUAGAAAGUCUCCUGGAGCAGAAGGAGAAAGAAAACAGUAUGUUGAGAGAGGAGAUGCAUCGGAGAUUUGAGAAUGCCCCUGAUUCUGCCAAAACAAAAGCUCUGCAAACUGUUAUUGAAAUGAAGGAUUCAAAAAUUUCCUCUAUGGAGCGUGGGCUCAGAGACUUAGAAGAGGAGAUUCAGAUGCUGAAAUCAAAUGGGGCUUUGAGUACUGAAGAACGGGAGGAGGAAAUGAAGCAAAUGGAACUGUAUCGAAGCCAUUCUAAAUUUAUGAAAAAUAAGGUAGAGCAACUGAAGGAGGAGCUAAAUUCGAAAGAGGCUCAAGGGGAGGAGCUGAAAAAGAGAGCGGCUGGUCUCCAGGCUGAGAUUGGUCAGGUGAAGCAGGAGCUGUCUAGAAAGGAUACAGAACUACUAGCCCUACAGACAAAGCUAGAAACACUCACGAACCAGUUCUCAGACAGUAAGCAACACAUCGAAGUGCUGAAGGAGUCCUUGACUGCUAAGGAACAGCGGGCUGCCAUCCUACAGACCGAGGUGGAUGCUCUCCGAUUGCGUUUGGAAGAGAAAGAAACCAUGCUGAAUAAGAAGACAAAACAAAUUCAGGACAUGGCUGAGGAGAAGGGGACGCAAGCUGGAGAGAUACAUGACCUCAAGGACAUGCUGGAUGUGAAGGAGCGGAAGGUUAACGUUCUCCAGAAGAAGAUUGAAAAUCUUCAAGAGCAACUUAGAGAUAAGGAAAAACAGAUGAGCAGUUUGAAAGAACGAGUCAAAUCCCUGCAGGCCGAUACCACCAACACUGAUACUGCCUUGACAACUUUGGAGGAAGCCCUCGCAGAGAAAGAGCGGACCAUUGAACGCUUAAAGGAGCAGCGGGACAGAGAUGAGCGAGAGAAGCAAGAAGAAAUUGAUAACUACAAAAAAGAUCUUAAAGACUUGAAAGAAAAAGUCAGCCUGUUGCAAGGCGACCUCUCUGAGAAAGAGGCUUCACUCUUGGACCUGAAAGAGCAUGCUUCUUCCCUGGCUUCCUCAGGACUGAAAAAGGACUCCCGGCUCAAGACCCUUGAGAUUGCUUUGGAGCAGAAGAAGGAGGAGUGUGUGAAAAUGGAAUCACAAUUGAAAAAGGCACAUGAGGCAACUUUGGAAGCCAGAGCCAGUCCAGAGAUGAAUGACCGAAUACAGCAGUUGGAGAGGGAGAUUGCCAGGUACAAAGAUGAAUCUAGCAAGGCUCAGGCAGAAGUUGACCGCCUUUUGGAAAUCUUGAAAGAGGUAGAAAAUGAGAAGAAUGAUAAAGAUAAGAAGAUUGCUGAGUUGGAAAGGCAAGUGAAAGACCAGAGUAAGAAGGUAGCCACUCUGAAGCACAAGGAGCAGGUGGAAAAGAAGAAGAGUGCCCAGAUGCUGGAGGAGGCUCGGCGAAGAGAAGACAAUCUUAAUGACAGCUCCCAGCAGCUGCAGGACAGUCUCCGUAAGAAGGAUGACAGGAUUGAAGAGCUGGAAGAAGCACUAAGAGAAAGUGUACAGAUAACUGCAGAGCGAGAAAUGGUGCUGGCACAAGAGGAAUCAGCCAGGACCCAAGCUGAGAAACAGGUGGAGGAGUUACUGAUGGCCAUGGAGAAGGUAAAGCAGGAACUAGAGUCCAUGAAAGCAAAGCUGUCCUCUACUCAGCAGUCUCUGGCAGAAAAGGAAACUCAUUUGACCAAUCUUCGGGCAGAGAGAAGGAAACACUUAGAGGAAGUUCUGGAGAUGAAGCAAGAAGCUCUACUGGCUGCCAUUAGUGAAAAAGAUGCCAAUAUAGCUCUUUUGGAGCUUUCAUCCUCUAAGAAAAAGACCCAAGAGGAAGUGGCCGCACUUAAGCGGGAGAAGGAUCGCCUGGUGCAGCAGCUCAAGCAGCAGACACAAAAUCGAAUGAAGCUAAUGGCCGACAACUAUGAGGAUGACCACUUCAAAUCCUCCCAUUCCAGUCAGACCAAUCAUAAACCCUCCCCAGACCAGAUCAUCCAGCCCCUCUUAGAACUCGACCAAAAUAGAAGCAAAUUAAAGUUGUAUAUUGGACACCUGACAGCCCUCUGCCAUGACCGCGACCCCCUGAUCCUUCGUGGACUCCCUGCACCGGCUUCCUAUAACUUGGACGAUGACCAGGCAGCUUGGGAGAGUGAGCUGCAGAAGAUGACCCAGGAACAGCUGCAGAAUGAGUUAGAAAAAGGGGAGCGGGACAAUGUGGAACUGCAGGAGUUUGCCAAUGCCAUCCUGCAGCAGAUUGCAGACCACUGCCCCGACAUCCUGGAGCAAGUGGUCAACGCCCUGGAGGAGUCCUCCUGACCCUGCUCUGGGCAGUGCUGGCCGGCAGCCUGUGCAGUGACUCCAGGGGCCACGGGGGACAACCAUGCCAAAUAGACACCCAGAGGCUUCCUGGCACCAAACCAGCACAGCAGACUCUAUCCUGUCUUGGUCAGUCCUUCAGGUGUGGUUCCAGCACCAUUUCUACACCUGUCCUCUCACUCUGCCUUUCUGCUGUGGGCGUUGUCACCACACUUCUUUGAUGUCCAAGGUGGGUAAAUGUCUGAGUCUCCAUGAAGGACUGACAUACAGUCGUCAGCAGCAGAGAACUGUGGGAGCGGGUGGCUCUGCCCUUGCAGAGGGGCAUGGAAGAGACUUCAUUCCUUCUGUCCUUGACACCAGAACUAAAUCUGGAAUCUGCCUGGAGUUCAGCAUAUUGAGAGAAUGCUUCCCACUGGACCAGAGAGCUGAGUGUUCCAAUAUCACAAUAGGUGCUUUCUCCUAAAGGGGUUAAAAGAUCUCAAAAAGAGAGAACAGGGACAAAGAGAAACCCGAGUCUUCUUUUUACCGCCUCCCUUGUCCACCCGUCACAUGUGUGGUGUUCUGUGCAGGGGCCGUGAGCGGGCCCCCCACCUUCGGGGGCACUAGCCCCCAGGAUCCGGGUCUGCCCCAGCCCUGCCGCACUUGUCCUUGCCCCUCCCAGCCAGGUAACAAGGGCCGUAGCGAAUGGCUUUCCCCUGGUCCCUCUUGUGUAAGACCUUUGGCUUACUUAUACAAAGUUUGUCAGAUCCUUUAUCUCUAGGAAACAGAAGAAGGGUUUGGCGUGCGCCCUGCCAGCACCCUCUGUGGCUCUGCUCCUGUGGAAGGAAGGUGACCAUUCCUGGGGUCAGUCCAGUUUCUCUGAACAUCUCCGUCACAGCAGUCUGGGCCCCUCAGCCCCCAAUGAAUGCAUCUGCCUUUCCACCACUUGUGUUCUACAUCCCACAGCCCAAGUUUAGGACCUGCCCCCCUCACCCCAUUAGCUUUACUCCCAAUUUGUACUCCCAGACCCCUUGUGCAUUGCCUGGAACUUCUUUCUGGCACAAAUGAAUGUUUCUCAUCCCACACACACUCCUUGCUCCAUUCUUUCAUUCAGAGAAGACAUAAGAAAUGCCUACUGCAUACAAGUCACCGUUAGGUGCCCAUCCUUGAAGAGUCUCUUUGGUGAGGAAGAGGUGUAAAGGUAUCUGUGAACAGACCUGGUUGAGCCAAAGCAGUAAAGGCUUUCCCUUCCCGUCCCCCAUCUGGAUGGAAGAUAGCUUCCAGAGAACUCUUGUGCAAAUCAACAUUUCUCUUUAUGAUGUAAUUGGUGGGUUUGGGGGCAGGGGCAGAGUUACUUACUUGCCUGUAGGAGCCCUUUUGGCAAUUCAGGAUUUCUGUUUGUUCUUGUUACCCUAGAAAAGUGUGUUGUUGAGGGGGUUAUGAUGGUGGACAGUGUUUUCUUAGCACAGCGUGUACUUUGGGAAACUCAGCUCCAUGAUGCACAUCAGAAAAUUAAUCCCAAAUUUGCAAGUCCAGUUGAAGAUAUUGGUAUUUUAAAGGGCAUUCUUCCCAAGCAUGGACUAUAUCAUAAAUAAUCAGUCACCAAAAACUAGACUAGACCACUUCAUCCAAAUGUAGCCCUUUGACCAUCUCUGCGGCCAGACACCCACCAGACACUCACACCUUCUGAUAAGAGUUGCUGCACGAAAUGUUUUUGUCUUGCAUUCUCUCCUUUCCCCUUCCCCAACUACUCACCCAAGAAUCUGGUGCCUGUAAAGUCAUCACAGCAUUCAGGCUACUAUCUUCCCACCAGCAGCCCUUGGCCGUCCCAUUAACUUAUAUGGUCAGGUCUCCAGCUGCCCAAUUCCCUGCUGUAAAACAGUCUCUUCCUGUGAGAAGCUGUGGAGUGUUCUUAUCAAAGGUCUAAAUGGACUCUGCUCGUAAACUUCUUACUGAGAUGCUUUCUGAUAGUCAGGCAGACAGAGGUCGGUGCGGGGGUUAGAUAGUAAGUGGUCAUAGUUUGUGACCGAUCACCUCCAUUCCAUUUAUUCAUUGCACUGCCCAUGAAUCUUACACAAAGCCCCCAGGAUUUUAGGGCCAGAGUCACUAGAAUCUCACUUUAUCUACCAUAAUGCAAACAAGUGAGGUAGAACAGCACUGUUCAGGGGACUAGAGCAGAACAGAGAAGGCAGGAGAGGCCAUGCCAGGGAAGUGGCCCCAGCCGACCAGCUGGUCGGCUAGAGAAGGCAUCCGGCAGGUCUUCCUGGGUCCCACUGACUCCACCUUUAGCAUCAGACACAUACCUGUCACUCUUGCCUACAUGGUGCCUGACUUCACUGCACCUCCUUCCUCCCCCUUCUCUUUUCAACCCUUCCUGAGGCUUCCUCUACAAACAUUAUGGAUGUUCCCUGGCCAAGUACUUUGGCACAAAUGAUGUGUGGGGCAGGCAUCCUCUGUCUGCUGUCUUUGAACCCCAGCAGGGAAUCUCCUUGAUUCUUCCUGGGUGGUCAUCCAGCAUCGCAGAGGUUCUGGGGGCUGUUCGGUCCUAAAUGUAAGUAGGCUGUAGCUAAAGCUGAGUAGCGACCAUGCCCUGCCUUUAUAGUAUGGGGGCUAAGUCAGGACAAUGCUCACUGAGUUAAAUCCAUUCACUCAGCUGCCAUAUACUAAAUAACACAACUCCCAGCACAACAGGACUUCCCGCCGGGGGCCCUCCUCUGGUACUCGGCCUCACAGGUCACUUGACUGCUACCAAAGGUCUGUAGCCUUGAAAACUCACUACAGCUUGCCUGUCAUGUUCACCAGACUCAUCCGGUUCACUGGCAAGGCUAGUUACCCCUUAACACCUAAAGAUCUGCACCCCAAAUGAAGGUCAUCAUGAAGGGGACAAGAAGAGGAGUGGAUAGAAUCUAGCCCGGGGCUCACAACUGAAGAAAUGCAAAGCGACGGUCUCUUUGUGUCAUAUACCUCUGUCCCAGGUCCUCAUUAAAUUCUUGAUGAAGUUUCUGAAAUGAGAUUUGCAAGGAUUUAUGUACCAUUUGCAACAGAAAAGAUCUUAAAUGGGCUCUAACAAAUUAAGAAACAAAUCCUUAAAUCCAUCUCUGGCUCCGACUUUGACCUUGUACCUUAUAACCUACAGAAGAUCUAAGUGCUUCCCUCUCCUUUACACAUGGGCUUUAGAAUACGGCAAAGGAGACUAGACCCAAGACUGCCUUCAGUGGUGAUAGUGGCAAUGUGACCUGGCACUUCUUGUCAGUAAAAGCCUGGUUUCCCACGAGGGCCCCACGGGCUCACCCACUCCUCAGAGUCCACGAAGAGGAUGGGAGAGUCAUCACCAAGUCCUAGCCAGCUACCCGGCCAGUCCCUCCCCUGUCAUUGUCAGGAUGAGUGCCUGGAUUCGCUGCUCAAGAGUGCUGCUGGCCCCAGAGCCCCCCUGCCCCCCUGGUGGCCUCAGACAUGAGCACAGGCCCACCGGCUACCCUUGGGGUCUUUGAAAAAAGAGCAAAUCAGGGAAUAUAUCACCACAUAGAAGGUGACCCUCACACGGCACUUCUAAAUCACAGUGGGCGCUGUGUCAGCCCACAGGCCGGGUGGCGUGCUAUGCCUGGCAGGGCCUGCAGGGCCGGCUUCUCCACCACUGCCAGCCCCCGGGCUCCUCAGGAUGGGGCCUUGAAUACCCAAAGGAAUGUUUUAGAAAGACUCUGGAGUGAACUAAGGGAGUAUUUGGGCAAAAGAAAAUAUACAUUGCAAGGAAAUCCUUCUGAACAAAAUGGCUCGAUGAUUCUUUUUAAGCAAAAACUGUUCCCAAACUUUUUAGUGUCAGAACUGUAACCAAGUGUCUCCUGACUUUUUCCAACGUGUUUGAUGAGUGCCAUGACCCUGCCACAGGCCUUCCUCCUCCUGACCCUGGGGGAGCCUUGGUUUCUGGGGCUGGUCAGCGGGGAGGGAGCAGUUCUCCCGCGUCCCACCUGCCCUUUUGUUUCUCUGCUCGUCAAUAUUGUCUGUGUGGUUCAGAGCGUUGAGGCAGUUGCAUUGUGUCCAUUGUUGAGAUUAUUAAGAUAUUAAAAAUAGUUGUAGAACUGAAAAAUUAAAGAGCUGUGUUUUGAAAAACAAA